UGACGUAGGCACUAGGCACGCAAGCAAGCUUGUAGUUCUAAGCUAGAUCUAGUUCCCCACGCCUUGCCUUGUCUCUGUAUAGUCUGGCAUCGUAGUACGACAGACGCGCAUAGCUUGGAAGAAGCAACAAGCCAACUGAGGGAUUUCAAAUCUGGGAAUCGUCAGUGUCAACACCUACCGGUGAUGGACUGGGAGUGGGGCUGACCCCCACAGCCCGACUGCUCCGCCUGUGGGAUGAUCGAGUCUCGACGUCCGAUUAAGCGAGUGAUAGAGAGCCCAGAGAAGAGGAGAAGGAGGAGAGCGAGGAGGAAAGCAACAGACAGGGCGGCAAGAGAAGGAGGAGGAAGAGGAUGGGAAGAAGACCUUGGGGUUGGUGCCUGGGGUUGUCAACGGCGCUGCUGUACGGCUCGCUGUCCCUCUUCGUCUCUAUCCUACACAACGUUUUCCUCCUCUACUACGUGGAGACAUUUGUGUCCGUCUACAAGAUAGAUAAGCUGUCCUUUUGGGUGGGAGAGACAGUGUUUCUGAUAUGGAACAGCCUGAAUGACCCUCUCUUCGGAUGGCUGAGUGAUCGCUCCUUCCUUGCAUCCACACAGUCUGGUCCUCAGAUCUCCGGCCCGGAGGUGGUGCUGCAGCGCUUGCGGGCGCUCUCGCGCAGCGGGCCGCUCUUCGCCCUCUCCUUCCUGGCCUUCUGGGUGGCUUGGGCGCGCCCCUCGCUCCAGUUCCUGCUGUGCCUGUGCCUGUACGACGGCUUCCUGACGGUGGUGGACCUCAACCACAAUGCGCUGCUGGCCGACCUGGCCGUGUCGGCGCAGGCGCGUGCUCUCCUCAACUUCCACAGCUCGCUGUUCAGCGCCCUGGGCUCGCUGUCCGUCUUCCUGUCCUACUGCUUCUGGGACAAGGAGGACUUUGGGGCCUUCCGGCUCUUCUGCAUGAGCCUGGCCGCUGUCUCCGUGUUGGGCUUCGCCACUGUCUCGCGCCUGCUGAGGGUCCGAUUCCAGGCGGAGGUUGGGCUGCGGAAGGGCCAAGAUGAGGGACAGGUGCUCAAAGAGCUGGUGAUUGGCCAGGGUCCCAUGGUUCCCCAGGAGAGACCUGUGACUCUAGGGGAGUACCUGAGGCAGCUCUCCAGGCACAGGAACUUCAUGUGGUUCACCUCCAUGAACCUUGUCCAGGUAUUUCACUGCCACUUUAACAGCAACUUCUUCCCCCUCUUUCUGGAGCACCUGUUGUCGGACCGGAUCUCUGCCUCCACAGGCUCUUUUUUACUGGGUGUGUCAUACAUCGCCCCCCACCUGAACAACCUCUACUUCCUGACCCUGUGCCAGCGUUUUGGUGUGUACCAGGUGAUCCGCUGGCUCUUCCUGCUUAAGCUGGGCCUCAGUGUGGCCAUGCUGCUGGCUGGGGCAGACCACAUCUACCUGCUGUGCAUCUUCAUCGCCAGUAACCGAGUGUUCACUGAGGGAACCUGCAAACUGCUCAACCUGGUCAUCAGCGACCUGGUGGACGAGGACUACGUGCUGAACCGGCGUCAGCAGGCGGCAUCUGCCCUACUCUUCGGCAUGGUCGCCCUGGUGACCAAGCCCGGACAGACAUUUGCACCUCUAAUUGGCACGUGGCUACUGUGUGUCUACACAGGCUAUGACAUAUUUGAGCGGGACCCUCUGAGUGAUGCGGUGGCAGUCACGGUUGUCUCGGGUCCGGCGACGGCCUCCAUGCCCCUGCGGCAGGGUUGCUUCUACUUGCUGGUGUUAGUGCCCAUCACCUGUGCCCUGCUGCAGCUGCUAGCCUGGUCCCGCUUCACUCUACAUGGGCGCCGCCUGCAGGGCAUUAAGGCCCAGAGGCAGGAUGUCCAGCAGGGCCCCCCCCUGGAUGUCAAGGCCAUCUGAUGGAGUGGGAAUGGGCUCUCAUGGUCAACCAAGGGACAAGAAAAUGGUCAACCAAGCUGACUGAAGAACAUGUGAAAAGCGGAUAGAUUCAUGUGCACUAACACCACACACACACACACUCAUGCAAAGUGACACAGAUAUGUGCCAAGCACAUUUUCAUUCACGCAAUCUCUUGCCGCCAAAAAGACAUUUUCACCUUCUGCCUGACAGAGACUUUAGAGCUUUGAGAACACCCUGUGGGAAGGACGAAGUUCUUGCCAAUCUGGGGCUCACUCCUUGGAGUGCCUUGCCUUUUAUUUUUGUGCUACAAAGAAAAAUGUGUGUUGUUAUUGUUGUUAUAUUUAUAAACUGAAAUUGUGACCAAAUACAAUGAGGGAGGGAAAACAAAUCAUGUGAGGGGACCACUAUAACCAAUGGACAAAAAGCACCCUCAACUUUGUACGGUGCCUUGGGCUCUGUCCACCUUUGCCCAAGGAAAAUGGAAUGCUUGAAUCCCUCUGGUGGAUUGUUGCUCGCUGCAGCCAAGCUGUUUUAUCUGCCAAAAAUGCAAACAAGUGUCUAUGUUUGUAUUUUGUCCUCCGAAGGAAACACUUUCUGUAUUCUUCUUUUUGAUUUUCUCUAUCUACCCUCUCUGCAUAUUAACUUGUUCUGUGAAAAAAGAAAGCAUUCCAGGUUUUACCCAUAUUCAAUUGCAUGACUCAAUGUAGCAAAUAUCAUAGUGGUAUUUUUACAUUGAAUAAGCUUGUUAAACAUCCCAGUCUGGAUGUCCAGAGUUUUGAUUUUAUACAGUAUGUGGCCAAGAGCUCUGCUAACUUGGAUGUCUUGUUGUUUUUAUUGAGUUGAGCAGCACAAUGUUAACUAAAACUAAAAAUCAGACAUUCCAGUAAAAGUACAAUGUGUGUUUCCAACUUCUUUCCCAUAAAGAAAGAAACAAAAACAUUUUGUAUAGAUUGUGUGUAGACUUGGUUACACAUAUAUUUUUUUAUAUCAGUUUAGUCCAGUGUUUUCAAUUUGUACACAUGAAGGGAGAAUCUUCCAGUUGAGAAAUUGGUUUUUGGAGCAUGUGCAAUUUAUGGUUAAAGGGGGUGUGUAAGGAGAAGCUGCUGUCAACUCUGCACCCAAUUCAAUUCAAUGGUAAUUAAGUUUGUUGUAGUGAUUUUUAUUUUAUCUGGUAUGAAAUUGGUGAAGACCAUUCUGCCUCCUAAUUUAUUCCAUUCUAAUUUAUAUUAGUUGAUAAAGGUAAGCUAUAGGGAGGGAAAGUAAUCUCAUCGCCACCUACUGGCUCAAUUUGGAAGUGACUCAGGAAAUUCAGAUUACUCAACACAGUCGGGUCUCAGUGUCAGGAGACUGCCUUGUGAAGUAGCCUGUGAUCAAUCACUGUUGUGGCGUUGAUAAGUGGAUUUGUUGCCCACCCCUAUAACUAUUCCUGGUGGCAUCUGGCAUUGUCAAACAUUUUUUUCACCAAAUAAAGAAAAUUACAUAACUCUU